UUGGGGAAGUUUUCAAGUUUCAGGCUUUCACUCUUUAUCGCAGAGGCGACCAAAACUUUAAGGAAAAAAAAAAACAUUAGCAAAAAAGGUCAAAGCUGUGAGCCUCAGAGAGGAAAAAAAAAAUUGGGUCUUUGACUCUUUUUUAAAUUUAUUCAUACCCAUCACAGAUCAGCUAAUGAUAUGGAGAUGGAAGAGAUUGUAGAAGAAGAAACCAGUGGAAAACAUGAAAAUAUGGUGGAAAUUACUGUUAAAACCAUUGGUCCUGCUCGUCCUUCUCGCCUUCAUGUCCCUUCUUCCAUCAAAGUUCUUGAUUUGAGAAAAUUGAUAGCUCGAAAGAAUCAUUUACCGGUUGAGAAUUUGAAGCUUAUCUUACAAGGAAUGGUAUUACAUGAUCGUGAAGAUGAAGAUGACAUUUAUGUGCGAUUCAAUGAUGAUGAUUACCUCAUCGUUGCUGUCAAACCAAAAGCACCAGUUGGACUCGAUAUUGAUGACGAUGAUGAAGAUUUGAAAUUUCAGCUCCCACAAUCAACAAGCCAGUGGAAGAAGAAGCUUUACUCUUUUUUACGUAACAGAAUGAAGCUUCCCGAUAUCGUUUUGAUGGCAAUAUUUUCUCUUGGUCUUAAGGCGUGGGCUCUUAUUAUAUUAUGGUUUACACUAGCACCUAUUGCUCAUAAAUUGGAUCUUGGACCAUUAUAUAUACUCGGUACCGGCUUUUGUUUAAUUUUCCUAAAUCUAGGACGGCGACAACCUGGUGAUGUCAGUGCAUAUUCCAUCUUCAAUGAAGAUUUUAGGGAGCUUCCUGGUACACUCAAUGCAGAUGCAAUAGAUAGGGACAUAAGGACAGGUCAAUUUUGAGUAUGUAUCGAUUAUCAAAACGAUUACGUCGUAAAUAUGUCUUGUCCUCCUUCGACAACACGAAAUUGUAAAAAAUUCAACAUUGUUCUUUAAAGAGUGUUUGGUAUGAUGAAAAGAAUUUAACAA